CCCCCCCCCUCCCAAGGCCCCAACCCACCCGCGACGAACACGCGUCGAUCCGGAUCCACCGCAAACUGCGCCUCUCUCGUCCUUCUCCCUCGUCGCCCUCAUCCUGCUCUGGAUCGGCGUAGUGCGGAAAUCCGUCUGGGCGUGGGUUGAUUCCUUCGUUUUGGUGAUUCAGCUACUUGAACAAAACUAGUAAGGAUGGCAUCAGAAGGGAAUAAAGAUGUAGCUAACGAAGCUCUGUCCAUGGAGCAGUCAUCAACUUCUGGUGCAAAGCGUAAGCGUGGUCGCCCAAGGAAAUACGAGUACCAUGUAGAUGAACUGCCACAGAGGGCACGUCCCAUUCAGAGCAUCCCACCUCUUCACUGCACACAAGGUGGCUCAAGUGUUCGACAGGAUGGGCUGCAAGCCAGCCAUACAUCAGGUGAAAGUGCACAUGGUAAUCAGUUCGGUCGACCUAGAAAUUCUGCUAAUCUGGUGAAGGCUUCUGACAACCAAGCCUCUUAUUAUAGUAGUGCUCCUCUGCAAGUUAAUUCAGGCAAGGAUGACAUUCUUGGCAAACAUUUUGUUGGCAAGCUGACCAAGAAAUUUCCUGGAUUUUCCCUCAUUACGGUAAAAGUGAAGGACAAUCAGGUGUUCAGAGGUUGGGUUCCAGAUGAAAAUAAUCUCCGCCCAAUAACACCAAAGGAUGACCUUGCUCCAGAGCUCCCCAUGCUUCGGCCAAGUCAAGUUCGAAAGCGAGCAUCUGCAAUCAACAUGCAAGCAGCUCCUACUGUGCCAAUCCACUUGGAGGAUGUUACACUUGCAAAGCCUCUGCAGAUGAGGAGACCUGUUGAGAAAACUAUUGCUAAGCACAUCAUCCCUCUCGCUCCAAGGCCUCACAUGGGUCCUGGUGUUGUUGCAGCAGUACCUAUGUCAGUUUCACCCAGUACUUCUGAAAUGAGGACUUUGGCCAAGCAGGAUACUGAACUUGUGAUCCCACAGCCAUCAGUUGCUGCGGUGCCGAUUAAAUCAAUUCAACCUGUAUUGGUAUCAUGCAAACAAGUGGCUAAGGAAAAUGAGCUUGUUGGAGUGAAGUAUGUCAACGAGUUUCAGAAAGAUUUCAAACCUUCAAAUGGAACCAAUGAAUCAUCAGUGAAAGCUGAAAAAUCGAGCACUGCUCUUAUGGAUGUAGUAGUCAAAGAUUCUCCAGGGGAAAGGCAACUGCUUAAUGUUCAAGUAACAGAUGCAAUUAGGGCAGACCAAACUCAGCAUGUUGAUACAACAGUAAUUGAUGAGAUCAAGAUAGCAUCAAGUGUUGGGGAUCAGCCAAAAUCUGCAAAUAGUGAGCACUGGAGUUCUAAGGAAGCAUCAGAUGUCACGGAACAAUCUGAGCAGCUGAAGAUAGAGACUGGUGUCCUGAAAGGAGUCGAUGGCUCAAAAUCAGGUGCCUCAGAUGACGUUCAAUCCGUGCAUGAUGAACAUGAAAUGAGGAUUGGCAGCAAAUGAAAGCAGAGAUCACGAAACACAACACAGUUCCUGUUGUUUGGUGAAAGUUUGCAGUCUGAAAUGUUUCUGCCAAGCUUACCUGAAUCUCAUAGCGGGAUGUGGAGCUGGAGUUUCAGUGAAUGGCUUAAUACUUUAGAGCAGAUACCUAUUUUUACAUUUUAGUUGUGUUCCUCUUCAAGUAUAGGUGAGAGAUUCAGUAGAGAUACAGAACCGAAGAAAACAUUCACCUAGCACAUAGCACAGAUAGAAUUGCAAACAGCAAAAAAAGAAGAAAAAAAAGAAACAUACUUGACAGACUUACCCUAUUUAGGACAAUUACAUAUAUCUGAAUCUUCAAUUUUUAUUGUACCUGGACGUUGUAAUAUGGCUUAUGACAUUUAAGCGUUAUUCCCAGGCAUCUGGAACACUGAUGCUAUAGGACAAUUGGCAAGUGUAUUCCUCUCGUCUGCUGUUA